CUUUAAAGUUUAGUCGAAGAUGGAAAUUAAAUUUUAGAUGAACCUGAUUUAUAGUCGGGAAUCCAAAUUAUUGAUUUAAUUUAGUUUUAAGAAAACUCAUAAACAAAUAUAUAAUAAGAAAUUGAUGAAUUUGAUUAAAUUAAAAAUUAUUUUUCAAAUAUUUUUAAUAAAACAAAAGUCGUGGCUGGUUAGGCAUUAACAAAAAGUAAAGAAAUUGCUUAAAAUACAAUUGCAAAAGUAGAAAUAGAAGCAAAUAAUAUUAAAGAGAAAUUAAAAGAUAAAAAUAAAUUAUAAGAAGAUUUUAAAUAAUUUGGUCAAAAAAUUGAAACUUCAAGUAAAUAAUUUGCUUAAGAA